AUGGCCCAAGAUCAGUCCCCCGAGAAUGAACCAUUCUUUUCGAAUCCUUGUUCACCGUUCACUUCGUUUUUAAUUAACUUGAAUGUGCAUGAAACACCACAGAAUGAUGCAGAAACAACAUCCGAGACAAGGAAAGGUGCAUACGCCGAGCUCCGGUCUGACCAACACGUUAUCACAGGACUGCGAUUCUGCGCUGAGAGAAUCCCGAGCAUCUAUGUCGGUUUAUCUGGCGGUUGGGGAAUGUGCAUCGUAGAGUGCGACCCGUCCAAAUGCAUGCUGAGGGGACACUCUUGGAUGCCACUAAAGGGCAACAUUAAGGACCUGGAUAGGUCUGAGGGAUCGGAGACUCGAGAAUUCUUGUGUUUCGACCGUCAUCUCAUCGUGCUCGCUGGCAUCGCGCUCUACUCGUGGCUUCUCAAGGUCUCGCCCAAACAAGUGCAACGCGGGACCGUCAUCCGGUUCUCGUUCAGUCCUCCUUCUCCCGCUGACCGUCUCGUCCAUAGCCUCGUGCCCGUAAGGUUCACCGCGGACAGAAGUCCUCCAAAUUACUCGGCCAAAGUGAAUGCAACACCAGCUGUUACCACCUUAGCCAAUGAACGCAGUAACCACCUCGGUGGCGGACAACUUUCACUAAGAAGGUUAUUAAGGCUACGCUUACUUCGCUCUCCCAGUAAGAUUCUAGAUACCUCUCGCCGGUCUGCAUCCAAAGAAUCUUACCGGCUGCAACGGAUGAUUGUGUUCACCGUCAAACCGGGUGGGAUCGAAACAGCAAGAGCACGUUCUGAUUUUACUGUCGGAGGAAGAGAACCGACAGAGAGAGUCCCAAGAAGACGCAAGAGCGCAAAGAACGAGGACAAGGCAAUGGGGAUUGGGGGUCGUGCGUUUCAGGCGGUGGACAUGAUCGAUUUCCUAUUGAUAUUUCCCCUCCGAAUGGCCAUGUCGCAUCGUACUGAGGAAUCACAUGGUGUCGAUACGCGGAUUUCUACCGAAUUUUUGAUUGGCAAGCUUCAUGUUCAUGUCAUGCGGACUCGGUGUUUAAACGUUAACGUUUCAUCAUACCAUGACGCCUUCCCUUCGCGCUGGAUAUACUUGAGUGGUGUUGGAGCGGAAGGACUUACGUUUUAA